GUCAGUCGGUUUGCGUCUGCCUUUGAGAGCGGAUCGAACAGUUGCAAGAAGCGAUAGUUGCGCGCUCCGUGCGUGGUUCAGUGUGCGUCGUCAGUGAUUGCCUAGUGACUAAUUAUUAUAAACGUGUGUCAGUGAUUGAAACUAGCAAAUCUGGAGAGGUAUUUCAGUGAUGUGUUGAAAAUCAGCCCUGACAAGCACUCCAGCAUGCACUUCUCUAUCACCUUUCUCAUGGGUGCGUCCACGUGGAUUUGGAUGCUGUUGGUCCUGCCAAGUGUGGAUUACUCCUACGCUCAAGGUCAGAAUGGAACCCGCCAUUACUGGUCACUAAUAAAAACAGGCCAGGACUAUUUCUUCGCGAACACAGGCCAACAGCAGCCACACUUUCUAACAUAUCAACAGCCACAGCGCACCCAGCAGACACAGCAGCAGCCUCAACAGUUUUCCAACUUUUUCUCCCCAGCAGUUGAGAGCAGUGUUUUCACACCAUUUCGAUCCAGUUCAUCGGCACAGAACAGCCAGUUUCAACCAGUACAAAAUAACUUUGGGGUUCAACCAAGUCAUUACCAGAUUCCUCCAUCUGCAUCAGCUGAUAAUGGUCAGUUCAUUGAUGCUUUCAGACAGCCGGCACCCACUCAGUUCCGAACAAACCAACACCUCCCACAACCAUUCCAUCAUCUGCAGGCACAACAGUCAGGGGCACAGAGGUUUCCUUUCGAGAUUCAACCACCAUUGAACCCGCAGAGGUUCCAGGAGACCAGUCCAAGGUUCCAAGCAUCAGAGCCUGUCACUUUACCAAAACCAACUUUCAAUCAAAAUUCAUUCAUUGGUGUUAAAAAUACAGAGGAUGAAACAGGCAGGACAACACAAAGCUAUGUCAAUGUUCAUCAUCCCCAAGGUCUUCUUGAACAGUCACCAACUCCACAAACUACUAGCAACCGAUGGAAACAGGCAGAUAACCUCAGGAGGCAGAAAAAGCCAGUAUCACCUCUCAGACAGAAUGACUUUUCAAAUGGUGGCAUCAAUUCGUUUGUUGAUCAACAGCUUCAAUUGGAUGAAAGCACAUCAGAGACCCCUGUAUCAUCCACAACUGAUUUCACCAGUCUGCGAACAGGUGCUGCAGUUGACAAGAGGAGAAAUGAGGUUCAAAACUAUUCUCGACCAAGAAAUCAACCAACAAAAGAAAACACUCUUCCUAGACAGUACAGUUAUAUCGAGUCGAGAGCUAGAAAACCAACAACAUCAAUUACUGCUUUCAACCCAGAAGAAGAAAAUAUUAAGCCUACAACAGUAAGGGGUAAUAGACUUCAAAUAGCCAGAGUGAAGCCAACAACCUACUCACCACUAUUGCAUUCAGGUACAUUACCAAACAGAUCUAGAAAUCAAUUGAAAAGUCGAUUCAAUAACUCUAGUAGAGAAGGUGUGAGACAGUCUGAAACAAACAAUAACCUAGAGAAUCUCAGUGCAAGUACUGUUUCAUCAUCUGAAUUUGAUGAAAAACAAGUUAUUAAAGAAUACCAGAGGCACUCAUUCAAUAAAAAAGUAACCAAUGGCCCUCCAUUCAAUAGGGGUAGUGCUAAUGUGAGCAACAAGAGAGUUGUUCUCCCCUCUUCAAUUCCCAGUGUUGUGGAGGAGCAUCAUGAAGAAACCAAACAUGGUGAUGAAGAGACAAUCGAAAACGCCACAGACUUUGUACCAUAUGAUGAAGAGGAGCUCAGUGAUGAUCAUGAUGAUGAAAAUGAUGAACAUGUCGAUGAUUCCCCACACCACGAAUCACAUGGAGAACAUGAUGAUAGUCAAUUUACACCAGAUGAGCAUAAAAUAAAUACAACAUCAACAUUCGAAGUACUGCCCAUGCAUCAAGAUCAACCUCAGGUUGCUGAUGAUAAUUUCAAGAAGUUUGUUGAUAGUAUAUCCAUAGAUAGCACAGACAGUCCCCCAAAUCUAGCUGGAGAACCAGAGGAGAAGGCUGGAGAGGUUAGUGGUGUGACUGUCACUAUGGAAUCAAAUAACAAAAAUGCUGAAUCAACUCUCAAUCACACAAGGAGUAUGGAUGAGGAUGAUGAAUUGUCCUCAGUUGUUACCACAAUGAGCAUCAGUAAUGAAUCUGAUAAAGUCCUUUCUGGUCAAUCACAUCUCGCCAAUGAUCAGAUCAAUGCUCCCCCCAGCACAAAAUCAGAUUCAGAUGAUGACACUCCUCAGCCAACUGAGAGCUGGGUGAUUGUUGCUUCUGUACAGACUAGUAGAAGUGUAUCAGGUGCUCGAUUUCUUCCAUCUGGAUCUGUCAAUCAGGAAGAAUUUCCAUCGCCAUUAGCUCCAAAGCCCACAAGUAAUAUAGGAAAUAAAACUUCAUCAGAAACCACUUCUAAAUCUGAAAGUGUUGAAACAAGUGCACCUGAAAUUCUAAAAACUGAUGGAAUGGAUAAUGAAAAUUCAAAAGGAACUGAGAGAGAAGAAACACCUCCGAUCACUGUACCUUCUUCUACUGCUGUUGAAACAGUUUCAACAAAAUCUCCAGUUUCAACUGAGAGUAUAAUCGACAAGCUAGAUAGAGUACAGUCCGAGUUGUCUAGUGGAAUAUUGACUGGUGGUUUCAGGCCAGGUGCAAACAAAUUGGAUAUUGAUGUCUUACCAGAAAUGACAUCUGAAAAUAAUGGUACCUUAGUAACAUCUUCGAGUACAUCUAUGCCAACGUCAUCUACAACAACAUCUACAACCACAACCUCAACAACUACUCCCGGUCCCAACGAUCCACCUCCAGUUGUUAUCAGAAAAUUCAGCCCUUCAUCUCGUCGCGGCACCACUACUACCACCACCCACAAACCCAAUAAGAAAAUCGCAGCAUUGAUCGAAAAUAUUCAGUUUGAUGAAUUGACUGGGCUCCUUCCAGCUGGAUUCAAACCCAGAAGUGGAUUCACAAGGAAAUCUACCACCACUUCAACCACAGUCACUACAUCAAAACCCCCAUCAGAUAGUAUGUUGGCUGAUGAAGCUGUUGAAGCAAAGAGCAAUUCCACCCGAGAAGGAAGUGGAAGGUCUAGUGGAUUGGGAGGUUUAGAGAACAAAAUAAAAUUUGAUGAUGUCAGUGCCUUUCUUCCUCCGGGUUUCAAGCCUACUGCUUCUUCAACUGAAAAGCCAAAAGGACUUGAAAGCCUCUUGAGUAAGAUUAAAUUUGAUGAUGCAAGUUCUCUAUUGCCUCCUGGUUACAAGCCAAGGAAGAGUGAUAAAAAUGAAACUAAAGAAGAGAAAAAGAAUGAGAGUAAAGAGGAGAAAAAGAUACCAGAAAUCAAAUUUGAAGUUCCCAGUAAUCUUCUGCCUCCAGGAUACAAACCACCAGGUAAAUCAUCCGCAGAGAAGAAAGUUGAACCUUCAGCUAUUGACAUAUCGGCUCUACUUCCUCCCGGUUACAAACUCACAACUGAAGCAGCUGCAACUACUGAGUCAAAUGUACUUGAUGCCAUUCUGAGCAAAGUCAAGUUGAAAGAUGUCAGUGCACUUUUACCUGCAGGUUUCAACGAAACAACCACUGGCAGUCCCACUAGCUCCAGUGCUCCUGAAACGACCACCGCCGCAGGUCUGAAAGUAGUUUUCCCAAGCCGUCCCGGAGGCACAAGGAAGAACUCCAACUCAUCGCCCUCCAGAACAAAGUCUGCUGGAGGCCUUGGUCCAGUUCAGCCCAAAAUCCAAAAGGGCUGGCCGACGAGAGCAACAACCGAAUUCACGGGCUGGCCGACGUCGUCCACGACGCCAAUCCCGAUCGAGAAGAUAAUCGCGCAGGCAAAGGCGGCUGCAGCGGCUGCGGCUGCGGCUGCGACUGCGGCUGCAGCGGCUGAGGAGGCGACCACGACGACAACCACGACGACGUCGACGACAACGACGCCACGUUCGACGACGCCCGGCAUCUGCAGCGAGGACUGCAACCUGGCCGCCACCAUCAAGCUGGUCGGAGGCACCAAGUGGGUGCCCGAGCUGCUCGAUCACAACACCAAGGAGUGGCAGCUACUCGCCGACGAGGUCGAGCAACAGCUGGAGAAUGUUUACAGCAGCUCAGAAUCUCUGAGCAAGUGGUAUAAGAGAAUCACCAUUGACGCAUUUAGUGAGGGCAGUGUUCUGGUGGACUACUUUGUGGAGCUGAGCGAGCUUGGCAGGACAGUGAACACAGCUGACAUGAAGCGCAUGUUCCACGACAGCCUGCACCGGGCGACAGUCGCAAGCGACGCUCUGCUAGGGGAGGCGUCCACUGCCGACGCCGCCGCCUCCAACGCCACCACCAAACAGUUCAAACUCGGCAAAUUCGUCGUUGAUCCCAAGUUCACUGAUUUUGUUGUUCUGCCAAAGGCCGUUGUUCCAACAGUGGGAAUGGCUGAGGAGGACGUUUUCUUGCCGCAGUGGGCCAUCGCUGUCAUUGUCAUUGGACUUGCGUCACUUCUGUUUGUAAUUAUAUUUGGUGUCACUGUUCUUGUUAAUCGUCACAAAAGUGCUAAGAAAAAAUCACCAGUGACUCUCACUGAAGAUAUGCUGAAUGAACUGAAUAAGAAUCAUAUGGGAGGUCUCGAUAAUUAUGGUGCUGAUGAUCUGUACAACAUGGAGGAUGUUUGGAAUGAUAAACCUCCCAAGAAAAGAUCGUCUGGCUCUCUGCACGACAACAGCAUGGCGAACUUGUACGAUAGUUGGAGAUCUGAGUGGAACGGUUACUAUUACAAUGCCUAUUAUGGAAAUGGAAGCAGCACCAGUGGUGGCUACGGGCGACGCCGGUCAGAUUACGACACGAAUUUCUGAGAUUACGAGUAAUUUGAAAACUUUCACCAGUGUUGAGGCCAUUCAAUCUCAAAUAAUAUCGAAAUUAGCGCCAUCAAGCAUUGUGAAUUUCAAGAAAUGAUGUAUUGGCUCCAAUUUUCAAUGAGUAAUUCACCAAAGAACAGAUCAAUGAGUGGAAAAUAGGUGAUAGCAGACAGCCUUAGCCUUCUAUCGAAUACUGACAUAUCAAUGAUGAAUUCUGCGGAUAAAGUAUUUUUCUUAAAGUUUAGAAUUGAGACAGAAUUAUACUUCAUACCGUGCCCUGUCACACUAGAGCAUUCAUCAUGUGCAUCGAAUUUCUCUUUUCUGUUUAAAAGAGAAGCUUCAACACAGUCUUUGAUUUCGGUGAUUCCCAGUAUCAAAUGUUUCUAUUCAUUAUAAUAAUUUUCCAACAUCAUUCGAAAAUCAUGCAUUCAUGUUAUGAUAAUUAGUGCUCCACAAUUAUUAACUUUAUAGUUAUCCUUGUGCGUUAAUAAUUAUUCACUCGAGUACAUGAUAGUAGUAAUUAAAUAAGAUGUGCAGCAAGCAAUAGGAUUCAAGAAAACACCAAGCUUGAUGAAAUAAGACUGUGCAAUUAUCGAAACGGGGCCAUUGUAAAAGUAAGCCCCCUCUUCAAUAUUGGUUCACAUGAAUUCUUGAAACGAUUUGAUAUAAUUAUCAUGGGUGAUGUAGGAUGUAAAAUUAAAUAACUGAUUGUGGUGCUGGGCCACAUUGCAUGAGAACAUAUACUGCACUAUUAACGUGCUCAUUACAGGUUCGCAUUAAUAUUUAAUAAUAAUAGCAUGUUAUACCGGAUCCUACAAAAAUAUUGUAAACUUUUCAUGAUAUUUUAUCUCAAUUUUUGAAUAGUCAUCACUUUUGUUCAAAUAACCAGUUAAAUGAAUUUAUCUAUUUCAAUUGGAUGUGAAUAUUCAAAGUGGAUUUUUUUAUUGUAAUUUGUCAUGAGCCCAGGGGUCGAGAGAGAAACAUUUUGUCAAUUGAAGCCUAUUGAGAAUUCGAGAACUUCUCAAAUUCACAAUGCACUUCAAUUACACAAAACGUAUCCAAUAGUAUGAUUGAAUAUCAUUAUCAGUACUGUAGGAAUCAAUCGACUUGGGUGGGGUUGAAUUCUAUUGUAAAAUUACCUUUAUCAUGCCUCUGGUUAUCAAUCCAAUUGAACAUGAAAAUUGAAAUUUUACAUCUAAUUGAGAACAGGAAAGUGUCUUUUUUGACUCUGAAUAUUAAGAAUAUCAAUAAUAAUACAUUAUUGGUUCCUUCUAUCCAGGAGAAAAUAUUAUAUCGCAAUUAUUAUAAUACAAGUAUGAUGUAAGGUUUUAUAAUCUCACUAAUAGUAGAAUUAUACUAUAAUAAACUAAUUUUGUACAUUCCGGUGUAAUUAAUUGAAUCUUUAUUAUUUACAUUUUCUAAAUCAAGGACGCACCCAACUCUUAUAAUGGACACACCAACACAAUAAUAGUUGAUUGUUGAUUUGUCAAUUUGUAAAAUAUUAUGCAUACGAAUAUGCAUUUCGAAUUUUCGUACUAAUUGUCAAUACUGAACUAUAGAUUUAAUUAAUAAAUUCAUAACGUGUAUUUUAAUAUUGUGCUAGGUCUAUAGUUAUGAAUCUUGAAUGUGUUUGAUAAUAUCAAACGAUUUUACCGGUACCGAACUACUUAUUGAAGUAAAUUUGUAUUCAACUUGGAAUUUAUAUGGAUAUUAUAUAUUAUAUAAAUCAUCGUAUAUCUGUAUGUUGUGAAUAUUCCAUUUGUAUCAUCACUAUACUUUCCAAAAUUAUCAUUAUGGAGUAAAUGUAGGUAAAAUUGAACAUAUAUUUGUAUGUUAUUCCCUCCAUAUUAAUGGUUAUUAUUUUGUAUCUAGCCUAUUUGUAAAUUAUAUUGUCAAUGUUAAUUCUAUCAAUUAACUUGAGUGACAUCUACCAUGAUAUUUUACUGUUGCUAUAUUAUUAAUUUUAAUGUUAAGCUCAAUAUGUUAGUAUUACCUUAUAAGUCAUAUUGAAUAUUGUAUAAAAUGAAAAAAUAAUUAUUUCAAAAUCUAACUAUGAUAAAUAAGAAUAUCGUUCGCUCUAGUCAGUUUAACUAUUUGAAUGUAACAACAAGCGGACAAAUUAUUAAUAAAAAUUUUCAAAAAUGUCAUAUAAUUAUUGAUUACUUCGGUAAAAAUAGGCCUACAAUAAAUUUAAUGGACAUAUAAAAACUUUCAUAAUUCUCGAAUCUUCCUCAGAUGUGAGGAAUGAUCAAGAAAUAUUCUAGUUUAGUUACUUGGAAAUUUUAAUCUAAUUUUAGCCUACAUAAGAAUAGGCGAUAGAAAAGGGGUACCGUACAGUGUACAAUAGGCCUACUCUACUACUUUAUCCAAUAUUGUUCAUAAAGGAGUCCAUUUUAUGGUUUAACAUUCAUAAAAAUUCGAAUAAUUGAUAAUUCUGCCAAGAAGAAUCACUAAAUUACUAGAAAAUCUCAAUGAUAUUUUCUAGCAUGGUGUAUGAAACAAUAUCCAAAAUUAUAUUUUACACUCUAUUCAAUAUAACCCUGCCAUAGAUUUUAUGAUUAGGAUAAAACGUGCUUGCACAACUACCUAAGAAAAUGUAAUUAGACUAGUUGUUGAUUAUUUAUUUCAAAUUGUAAAUUUAAAAUUAGUGCGAGUGAUUAAUGAAUAAAAAUGGUAUUAUUUUAAAUAGAGUACUAUUAGUAUUUUAUUUUUGUACUUAAUUGUUUGUAAACUCAAGUUUAUGGUUUUUCAGAAUUUUAAUACAAAAUUGAUUGAAAUCUAUUUCAAAUCCCAAGUUACAGUCUGAAUAGCCUGGAUAUCGUCCAGUGGAUUUUGAACCAUAAAAAGUCAUAAUUGGACCUGUAAUGAAUGAAUAAAAAUUUUUUAUCAAAAAUAAAUAAUCUUAUGAAAAGUAACAUGUAUAUUGCAAAAGCAAUCAUUGACUUUCUUAAAAAUAUAAAUUCAAUGGGAGAAAAAUUUAAUAAAUUUGAUAAGGUAUGCUGAUGUUGUAAAUGCAACAUUUCAAUGCUAUCUUCUCUCUAUGGCAAUAUCCAGGCAAAUAUCAUCUAACAAAUACCUAUGCAUGAAUUUCCAGUUUGGGUAUGCUACACUAUUUCAUUAUUUUUGGUACUAAACUACAUGACAUUAAUAAUAAGUAAUUGUUUAUUUCAAAACUAUAUCUUUAUAAUAUUAUAUGAUCACUUGCUGAAUUAUUCCGCUGUAUUUUACUAUGUAGUAUUUUUUAUUGUGAUUGUACAUUUUUUGUAAAUAAAAAUAUUUUAAAUAA